GAGCUCGAGUUCUUGUCUUCUCUGAGUCUGCAAACAUUUCCAAAAUGGUCCUUUUAAUUUCAUUCUUAAUAGGGCUACAGGUACUUGAUGCGUUGGCUGUCUCUCCACCUCUUCAGUUUGUUUACCCACCGUGCAGCUCUCUGGAGGUAAAGGCUGCUGCGGACGCGGCCAUCAAUGAACUCAAUGCACGUCGGAACGAAGGCUAUGUUCUUAGACUCCAGCGCAUUUUUAAUGUGCACGAAGACCAAGAGAUAAGAUCUCUUCCCUCUACUGUGUAUGGCCAGUGUAAAAUAAUAAUUGAGUUAAACAGGAAUUCAGAUGAUUGGCAUUUGCUCAGUUAUGACUGCAGUUUUCAACCAGUUUCUGGUUCAGCUAUUGUGGAUGUUUGUCCUGACUGUCCAAUACCUUUAGAUCCUUCUGAAGACAUUUAUCAGCAAACAGCAUUGGAGACACUGGCCAAAUUCAAUGCUGAAAAUGAAGACAACAAUUAUUUUGCCAUUCUCAAUGUCACCAAAGCCUAUUCACUGUGGGUUGUUGGUCCUUCCAACCAUGUGGAAUACACCAUCCAGGAGACUUCUUGUCCCAAAAAUCCACCUUUCUCGGACAUCACUCAAUGUCCUUUCCUCCCCACUGAAACUGCAGCAAAAUGUCUGUGUAGAGGCUCUGUGGUAGAAAAUCAGAUAGAAAACAAGAAAAAUGUCUACGUAAAAUGCAAACUCUUCCAACAUCUGCCACCAGUUACAGAUGAACAGAUGCCACAACCCACGUCUGAACCCCAGGAGCCACAGCAUCCUCACCCAUCACCUAACAUUAGAGAAGCAUCCCCAAAGCAGAAGGAAACAGUGGGGCGGGUGAUCUACCAUAACCCUUGGAGCAAGCAUGCUAUUCCAGAAGUGCAGGAGCCCAACCCAACCUCUUGCCCCACUCUUGCUUCUCCAGGACAGGAUGCCAGUCCCCAGUUGGCCAAGCCAGCUUG